UUCUGUCCUGUAUCCCAUAUUCAAGGUCUGUUUGUUACAGGUUAAAGACAACAUGCAUCGCUCUUCUUUCAUUCUCACAUUGAGUUGUUUGUCUGGUGUUUUGGCAAGUUUCAUCACUUUGGGUGAUCGAUAUAGUCUGGAGUGUCUCAGUAAUUAUUUAUCCAUCAUCACCUGCUCUCUGAACAUCUCGGAUGAGUCUCUGGGCAACGAAUCGUCCUACUGGCUGCAUUUCAGAGCAGAUGAAGAAGAACAUAACUGCACACUGAGGAGGAGACAACAGGCAUUACUGUGUGAGUUGGAUUUAUCACCGAAUAUGUAUUUCACCGACAUGGACAGCUACGAAAUCUCCCUCCGUUCCGGUUACCAUGGAAACAACUUCUCCAUCUUACUAGAUAGUGACUUCGUGCCUUACAAAAAAAUUCGCCCGGUCCCUCCGUCUAACCUGUCUCUACGGUGGGAGAAGGACAGGGCAGUUUUCCAGUGGGAGAGCGGAUAUGAUCCAGCCUACGACUUGCUCAUUCGCUACCUCCAGUACCAGCUCAGCGUGCACAGCGACCACAAGCUGUAUGAGGUAGAAGCUGUUGAACUGAAGGUGUAUGUGGACGGGUCUAGAUUUGAGCCUCACACAAAUUACACAGUGCGUGUGAGAUCUCGGCCGGAUCAAGUGUAUUAUAAAGGCGUGUGGAGUCCGUGGGCCCCUGCGAUACACUGGAGGUCAGGGGACAUUCUCAGUGAGUCCGAUUGGAUAACACGCAAACAAAUGCAAAGGAGAAACAGUAAAGCUGACAGAUCUUCCCAUAUUGCCUGGUAUUUUCUUCCUUUGCCUUUUCUGGUGGUCCUUCUGUCCUGUAUCCCAUAUUCAAGAUGGAGAAAGGGUGAUUAUAUACCAUCACCCGCCCCCUUUUUCAGAGACUGGGAUGUAGAUGCUAAGAUCUGUUCAAUGCUAUCCUAUAAGGCGAGAGACGUAACGCAGGGGGAGGAGUUUCUCCAGAUUGACGUUCUAUGUGAGAGCAUGGACACGCCUCCUCGACAGACCAGCUUAGUUUAUGAGAUGGGAACCAGUGACCAGGGUGACCUCACGCCCCAUUCUCCCGUGGGCUCAGAUGUGGACUCGGGCUGUUGGAUUCGUGAUUUUGUUGUAACAGAGCGAGAAAGCAUCACAUGCAGCGAGGACUACUGCACACUCUCCACCUCACACACUUAUACCAUAUAACAUUACCGGUCAGUAGUUUGGGGUCAAUACGAUGAUUUUUUUUUUUUCAGUAAGGAUGCCUUAAAUUGAUUAAAAGUGACAGUAUAUAAAUGUAUAAUGU